UAUCUAUACAUUGUAGAAUUGAGAAUAACAUUGCAUCAUUUUAUGUAGUAGUUGCUGAGUGUUUGUGGACAUAUGAAUGAAUAAGUAGUUCCAAAUCUAGAUGUAAUUUAGAAACCAAACUAUUCACAGUCAGGUUAUCUAAGUUAACAUGUUCCGGCCAGCAAGAAGUUUGUUAUAUUUUUUAAGUCGUAUCAAGGAAUGCCGUGCAGUGCAUGUUAAUAGUCAAAAUUUAUCAGAAAUUACAGAAUAUGAGUCUGUCAUCUCAGAUGAGUACAAAAGAGGACCUGCAGAAGGCAGGGCACUUUAUCUGGAUGCUCAAGCAACUACGCCAAUGGAUCCACGAGUAUUGGAUAAAAUGAUGCCUUAUCUCACAUUAUAUUAUGGAAAUCCACAUUCCAGAACUCAUAUGUAUGGAUGGGAAACAGAAGCUGCUGUUGAGCUUGCUCGCAAACAAGUAGCAAAUUUAAUAAGUGCAGAUAAUAAAGAAAUUAUAUUUACAUCUGGUGCCACAGAAUGCAAUAACAUAGCUAUUAAAGGUGUUGCGAGAUUCUACAAAGGAAGAAAAAAUCAUAUUGUGACGACUCAGAUAGAACACAAAUGUGUGUUGGAUUCUUGUAGAGCUUUACAAGCAGAAGGAUUUGAAGUAACAUAUAUUCCAGUAAAUCCAAAUGGCCUUAUUGAUCUUAAUCAAUUAGAAGAUGCAAUUAGACCAACUACUUCUCUAGUUUCUGUUAUGAUGGUAAAUAAUGAGAUUGGUGUGCAACAACCAAUUGCAGAAAUUGGUACCAUUUGUAGAAAGAAGAAAGUAUUUUUCCAUACAGAUGCAGCUCAAGCAAUUGGUAAAAUUCCAAUUGAUGUUAAUGCUAUGAAUAUUGAUUUGAUGUCUAUUAGUGGUCACAAAAUAUAUGGUCCAAAAGGGAUUGGAGCUCUGUAUGUGAGGAGAAGGCCAAGAGUACGCAUAGAAGCAAUUCAAAGUGGUGGUGGCCAAGAAAGAGGUAUGAGAAGUGGUACUGUUCCAGCACCUUUAGCAGUAGGCCUAGGAGCAGCUUGUGAUUUGGCACAAACAGAAAUGGAGUAUGAUCACAAAUAUAUCACAAUGCUUUCGAACCGAUUGAUUGACAAAAUAAUGUCAAAUCUACCACAUGUUAUACGUAACGGAGAUCCAGUAGCUUGGUAUGCUGGAUGUGUAAAUUUGUCUUUUGCAUAUGUAGAAGGAGAAUCUCUAUUAAUGGCUCUAAAAAAUGUUGCUCUGAGUAGUGGUUCUGCUUGCACUAGCGCGAGUUUGGAACCUAGUUAUGUUUUAAGAGCAAUUGGAACAUCGGAAGAUCUGGCACAUUCCAGUAUCAGAUUCGGUAUUGGUCGUUUUACAACUGUUGAAGAAGUUGAUUAUACUGCGGAAAAUACAAUCCGGCACGUUAGAAGACUUCGAGAAAUGAGUCCAUUAUGGGAAAUGGUCGAAGAGGGAAUUGAUUUGAAAACUAUUAAAUGGACUCAACACUAAUGACAUUUUAUAUAGUUCCAAUUAUUUAAUAUGAAGAUAAUGUGGAUCAAAUAUACAAUGCUGACUGUGAGUGAUAUAAAUAAAUUAAGUUUAAUUAAGUAAAAUACUUUUCAAUAUGUAAUAAAUGUUUAUUUAAACUUU